CAAGCAUAUUGACAGCAACAUGGACGUUUAUGAGAAAAGGAUGACGACUACUUUGGAACUUCUAACCAACGCAACAGGUGAUAUUGGGUUUGCUACUACCAUUCCCUCGGCGCGUGAUAUCAUACCGAUCGAUGAUUGGCUGUGGGCUCCAGUCACGUGGUCAUGGUGGGAGAUCCUGCAGGCGGUGUUUGCUGCGAUCGGAUUAGCCGGGAACCUCCUUGUCAUGGCUGUUCUCUUUCAGAGGAGGACCACGAGAAAGUCGGCUGACGCCCUCAUCGGUGCGUUGGCAGCCGCUGAUUUCAUGACAUCACUUUUUAUGAUACCCCACCGUGAACCCCAGACAGUCCCCGAUACCCUGAUUGGUCAUCUUGCCUGCAAGGUUCUUCUCUCAUCCGUCUUUAUGUGGGUUUCCGUCAUGGCCUCGGUGUUCACACUGACUGCUAUAUCAGUGGAAAGGUUUAUUGCAGUAGUUUAUCCUCUCUACGCGAAGCGCUACCUGACCACGCGUCGAACCAUAACCACCGUCAUUAUCAUAUGGGUAUGCUGUGCCAUCAUUAACUGUCAAUCUUUCGUUGUGACGUCCGUUGACCCUUCAACCCGGAACUGCAUUGUGAGGUACAAAUCCAUGGUAUCGCAGAAAAUCUUCGGGAUCUGCGUUUUCUUGCUCCUGUUCAUCAUCCCUACUUCAAUCAUGCUCUUAUCACAAAUCCUCAUCGCUCGAGAACUACAGAGACAAUCAGUACGCUUCGCAGACGAUCAAAGAACCGACCCAUCGAGUCCUGCUUACAACAUCCUCCGCGCCAAAAAGCGCGUCGUCAGACUCCUUCUCAUAGUUGUGUCCAUGUACAUCAUCUGUUGGGCACCUGAUCAUAUCGCUUUCCUGGCUUUCAAUCUACACCUCUUAGACGUAUCCUUCCUGUACAGCCCCUUGUACCACGGACUUGUCGUUCUUGCGUUCUUCAAUUCCUGCGUCAAUCCUAUCAUCUAUGGAGUCAAUUAUCCAGAAUUCAGGAAGGCACUUCGGGAGACUUUCUGGGAGUCAUCGAGCUCCAUCCAACGAGCGUCGCUGUUCGCUCCGGACACGAGUCACACGACGAGUUCAAGGGCCUGAAUAUUGGGACUUGAUUGAAUGACAUUGGUUGACAUUGAUGUAAUCUAACUGCAAAAAAUCUUCGCUGUUAGAUUGUUGCCUCUGUGUACGAUAUGUUGUAAAAACGAAGCCCUGAUGAAGUUGCACUAACAAUCAUUAUUUGAUACUUCAAAAGUGAAAAAGUGCAAUUGACCGGAAACUUCAUCCCGAUUUCGUUUCAUAUAAUGCAUGUGCUAACAUUAUUCUCCCUAGCAGAAUGUCAAAUUAUGAUGUUUUUCCACGUCACAGAUAGGCCUUGAAAUUUC